GAGGGCUUUGAGCCCGCCCCAAUACUUUCACAAUCUCCUUGUAAAGAUCAUGCAUAUUUACAUACAGCCUUUCCUUCUGCCUACAAGAGCAGCACCGCCAGAGGAGAAAGCAUGACUUCACCAGAAGAUUACCUUCGGCAGGACUGGAGGAUAGUCCAUGACAUUCCAAUGGUCUGUGCAUUUUCCUACCAUUGGGAAAGGAUUGACAACUUCCAGAGCAGGCCAGAUGACAUCGUCAUAACCACGUACCCCAAAUCUGGCACUACAUGGAUGAGUGAAAUUGUGGACAUGAUUCUGAACGACGGAGAUCCUGACAAAUGCAAGAGGGAUGCAAUUUUCAACAAAGUGCCCAUGUUGGAAUUUGCUGCCCCUGGAAAGAUGCCAUCAGGUACAGAGAAACUGGCCGAGAAGUCAUCUCCUCGUUUAGUGAAAACUCACCUCCCAGUCCAGCUCCUUCCAGUGUCCUUCUGGGAAAAUGGCUGCAAGAUGAUCUAUGUUGCCCGAAAUGCCAAAGAUGUAGCUGUCUCCUUCUACCAUUUUGACUUGAUGAACAAGCUGCAUCCAGACCCUGGCACGUGGGAGCAAUACAUUGAGAAAUACAUGGCAGGCAGAGUUGCGUAUGGUUCCUGGUAUGACCAUGUGAAAGGCUGGUGGGAGAAGAGAAAGGAUCAUCCCAUUUUAUACCUGUUCUAUGAGGACAUGAAAGAGGAUCCAAAGCGUGAAAUUCGCAAGGUGAUGCAUUUCCUGGGGAAGGAUCUGAAGGAAGAGGUUCUGGACAAGAUCGUCUAUCACACUUCAUUUGAAACGAUGAAAGAGAAUCCCACCACAAAUUAUAAGAUGACCCCAAAUGAUGUUAUGGAUCAAAGCAUCUCCCCUUUCAUGCGUAAAGGGAUUGCUGGGGACUGGAAGAAUCACUUUACUGUGGCCCAGAAUGAGACAUUCAAUGAAGAUUACAAGAGGAAAAUGGCUGGAACCACACUGCAGUUCCGAACAGAGAUCUGAAGGAGCCUGGCAUCUUAGUGCUGUAGUUCUAAUACAUGGGUCUCUGCCGUUUCUGUUGAGAAUAGCUUCUCCCCCUCCAUCCUUUCUUCAACUAGAAGUAGUACACUGAAGAGUGUCUCUGCCUUGGUGAUGGUCAGACACUUGAACCUGCUUAGUAGAUUCUUUGCUACUUGAACCUGGAGUCUUGGGCCAUCUAGACCAUGGUGCAAUUACACUCCAGAGCAGAGGAACUGUUCCAAGAGUCUUGGAUUCCAUAUAGGGUCUGAGUAGCAGGAAAGGCUCCUUGUUCUGUGGUUAGCCCCACCACACACACACCUUCUUUUAUGUUAGACUUUGAAUACUGGCCAGGUUCAAGUGAGGCAAAGGACUCAGGCCCAGAUCCUCAAAGUCACCUAGCUCCCAGUCCCUUGAAAUGAAAGGGAAUUAAGCACCUAACUACCUUUGAAGCUCUAGACCUGAAUGAUUCAGAUGCAUGAAGAUACCACCGUUUGGGCAUAUCUAGCUGACUUUUUGACCACUGUUUAUUCAGCCAACUCUGUAAUGCAACAGUUUGCAAACUCUGGUCCAUAGAUAGAGCACUUGGUUGGUCCUUCUCUGCAUCUGGCUUUCCCUGUAAAAACAGCUGGAACGAUGGAAGGGCAAACCUCACAGCCUUCACAAGAACGUCACAGCCUUCACAAGAAGCUUCUAAAACUCUAAGGGAAGAGGAGCCUAUAGUCAUUACUGGGGAAAGAGCAACAUGUCACCAAGACAACCAAAUCCACCAGUGAGGCUGAAGCCAGGCAAUCGCUCAAUAAGACACUUUAACAAGGGAGUGGGGCAAAUAGGAGGGGAGAGGUAGCUUGGUGGGGAGGGAGGUGCUGGGGAGAUUUAAUGAAGAGAAAAAUGAAAUAGUGGAAUCUGGUUUGGGAAAGGAGGCUUUCUUGAUUUUGAAGGUAUUAAUUGUAGAUGUACAGAUUCAUCAAGUAUUGUAAUUUCUCUAGAGAAUGGUGGCUCAUAAGGGGGAUAGUGCCAGGAAGGUGGGCGACAAGUUCUCUCUUAAGAACUGCUUCACAUUCUGACUAAAUAUGAGAACUCCUGUAUAAAACUACUUCUCCUUCUUCUAGUUUAUGCUAAUUUUACAAAGUCAAAUUCUACAAAUCUGAAUUAAACUGAAAAGGGCUUGCUCACCUGUGUAGCUUAGUCUAUUCAAGUUCUUGCAGCCUUCCUGUCACCCUGGUAUCUGUGCACCUUCCAUUCACCAAUGCAACAAGCAGCGUGUACCUCCUUCUUCAACCCUCUUCCCCAAGGGGAAUACUGGCAAGUGGGGACUUUUUUGAGUAUGUGCCUGGGUGCACAAUGGGAUCUCUUCUGCAAAUAAGUGCUGCUUAACAUGAGGAAAGGCUGCCCCCUAGUCUUGUUAAUGAGCAGGGCAGUGAGCAAAACUACCAGCAGGGUUCACAUGAGUGGAAAAUAAAAUGUCUUUAUGAUGAAGUGUUACUUAAACUGGUUAUCUUCAACUAAACGUUUUCACACUUAACUACUGGCCUUGUUUGACUUGUGCUGCUCUGAAAACCUGGAGACCUACCAACUAGAAAAUAUACAGAGAGAGUUCACUAUUAUGAGCGCUCCUAACUUUAUAAUUAUAUUUGUAUUCACUGCACAAAGAAGUUUUGACUAUAAAUCUUAGUUUAACAAAUAAUUAACAUGAUUGUUCCCUUCUGGGGUGUCCUCUGUAUGAGUUCUUUGUAGGGCUAAUCAUUGAGAAAGGGUUGAUUAAACACACCAGC